GUCCCAUCCCCAGUCAGGAGGUAAGGCUCUAGAGAGGUGUCCCAGGCCAGUCAGGAGGUAAGGCUCUAGAGAGGUGUCCCAUCCCCAGUCAGGAGGUAAGGCUCUAGAGAGGUGUCCCAGGCCAGUCAGGAGGUAAGGCUCUAGAGAGGUGUCCCAGGCCAGUCAGGAGGUAAGGCUCUAGAGAGGUGUCCCAGGCCAGUCAGGAGGUAAGGCUCUAGAGAGGUGUCCCAGGCCAGUCAGGAGGUAAGGCUCUAGAGAGGUGUCCCAGGCCAGUCAGGAGGUAAGGCUCUAGAGAGGUGUCCCAGGCCAGUCAGGAGGUAAGGCUCUAGAGAGGUGUCCCAGGCCAGUCAGGAGGUAAGGCUCUAGAGAGGUGUCCCAUCCCCAGUCAGGAGGUAAGGCUCUAGAGAGGUGUCCCAUCCCCAGUCAGGAGGUAAGGCUCUAGAGAGGUGUCCCAGGCCAGUCAGGAGGUAAGGCUCUAGAGAGGUGUCCCAGGCCAGUCAGGAGGUAAGGCUCUAGAGAGGUGUCCCAGGCCAGUCAGGAGGUAAGGCUCUAGAGAGGUGUCCCAGGCCAGUCAGGAGGUAAGGCUCUAGAGAGGUGUCCCAGGCCAGUCAGGAGGUAAGGCUCUAGAGAGGUGUCCCAGGCCAGUCAGGAGGUAAGGCUCUAGAGAGGUGUCCCAGGCCAGUCAGGAGGUAAGGCUCUAGAGAGGUGUCCCAUCCCCAGUCAGGAGGUAAGGCUCUAGAGAGGUGUCCCAGGCCAGUCAGGAGGUAAGGCUCUAGAGAGGUGUCCCAGGCCAGUCAGGAGGUAAGGCUCUAGAGAGGUGUCCCAGGCCAGUCAGGAGGUAAGGCUCUAGAGAGGUGUCCCAGGCCAGUCAGGAGGUAAGGCUCUAGAGAGGUGUCCCAGGCCAGUCAGGAGGUAAGGCUCUAGAGAGGUGUCCCAGGCCAGUCAGGAGGUAAGGCUCUAGAGAGGUGUCCCAGGCCAGUCAGGAGGUAAGGCUCUAGAGAGGUGUCCCAGGCCAGUCAGGAGGUAAGGCUCUAGAGAGGUGUCCCAUCCCCAGUCAGGAGGUAAGGCUCUAGAGAGGUGUCCCAUCCCCAGUCAGGAGGUAAGGCUCUAGAGAGGUGUCCCAGGCCAGUCAGGAGUUCAUGCUCCUUGGUUGAAGAGCGAGGUAGCGGCAGUGAUCCUUUCCCUUAGUCAGUCAGUAUGGCCCAGGCGGAGCCCCAGCCCAGUGGAGAUAGCAGCCCCCAGCUCAUCUCCCUCCAGUCGGAGAGGUCAGAGGCAUCAGGGAACCAUGUAGAGGUGGGCCCCGCCAACCGGAGGAAGAGGAGGAGGAAGGAGCCCAGACCUGAGUCCAUCAUUGUGUAUCGCUCAGACAAUGAGAGGGGGCCCGGGGAGGAGCAGGGUGGAGAGGAGGGAGUGGCCGACAGGAGCACAGAGGAGGGGGCCAAGUUCCUCACCACACCCACCGGCGAAGGAGGCUGGAGUGACAGGAGCAUGCCCCCAGACAGCCGCUAUGUGACCCUGACCGGCACCAUCACCAGGGGGAAGAAGAAGGGUCAGCUGGUGGACAUCCACGUUACUCUAACAGAGAGAGAACUCCGGGACAUGACCCUCUCUAAAGAACGUCUGGACGCUGAGUGUGAGGGGGGCCAGGGCUCCAAGCGUACCUUUGGCUUGGGGUUCUGCCAGGGCCCCCAUGUGAUCCUCUGGAGCCUAUCGUGUGCCCCCGUAGUCUUCCUCCUCGCCUUCAUCACGUCGUUCUACUAUGGAACGCUCACCUGGUACAACGUGUUCCUGGUCUACAACGAGGAGAGAACAUUCUGGCACAAGAUCACCAUCUGCCCCUUCCUCAUCAUCUUCUACCCCAUGCUGAUCAUGCCCAUGGCCCUGGCCCUGGCGCUGUACUGCGCCCUGGCGCAGGUCUCCUGGGCCUUUAGUGAGUGGUGGCUGUCUGUCCGGGACCUGGAGAAGGGGUUCUGUGGCUGGGCCUGUGGGAAGCUGGGGAUGGAGGACUGUUCUCCAUAUAGUAUCGUGGAGCUGCUGGACUCGGACAACUUCUCAGGGAGCAUGCAGGGGAAUAACAAGGCCCCCAGCGAAGACGCACAGACUUCCUCUGUGUGAGACUGGGUUGUAUUCACUGGGAAGCAAACAGCGAUGGACUACCUGAACUUAUCCAUUAACAAACACUUUAGUUUGACUUUGCACAACAUCUUGCAAUGGUGUACACACUAAUGAGUAUGACCCUGGACUGGCAUCAUGGACACACACAAACUGGCAAGGUUGUCAUACUUCCACAUUUUUUAAACCAGCAAAAGCUGGUUAUUGGUUUAACUUCCACUUCUUACUAAUUUAUCUAACCUCGCAUUCUGACUGGUUGUUAUUGAAGUGAGCUCUGAGUUUACUGUUCCAAUCACUAUGUUGUUAUGUUUUUAAAUGUUCUUAUUUAUUUGAAUAUGUCAACCACUAGCUAGUUUAGUUCUAAGUGUUGUAAAUUGAUGUUUUGUACCAUAGCGUAGGACGGGUGCUGUUAAAAAGAUGUUUAAAUUAAAUAUACUGUAAUGACCGCAGGCAUGUAACAUGAGGGUCGCUACAAUGCUGCCUGAAGUUGACCUUGUACCGCACAGAGGAUCAAACACAAGACAUAUCUAUCUAACAUAUUGAUAGAUUUCCGUUGGAUAAAUGUUGCACUGAAAUCUUCGAUAGGACAGGCAGGAAGUUACCUUUAUAUCUAAUGUGCUGUACCCGCAUGAAGUAAUACUUUACAUUUCUCUCUUUCGGGUUGAAGAGAUUACAUUUUAAACUGUGGCGAGGUUGAAGGAACACUGGGGCCAGUCAUUCAGCAGACAAGAAUGUAGAAUUAAGAUUUGAAGGAUCUGAAAGGAUUUUGGUCAGUACCUCUGUUCUCUAUAUAAAGGUUCAUCUGUGUGUGUUGUUCAAUCACUCUUCACAUCAUGUUUGUUGCUCACCGUGAGAGGAAAUUUAUGGAAAUAAAACCUGAAUGAUUUUCACAGUU